AUGAAAGAGCGCUUGGAUGCUGUGUACGGUGACUCUUUUCCUUCGAUGGCGACCGUCAAUAAUUGGUUUAACGAGUUUCAACGUGGUCCCACGUCGGUGUUUGCUGAGCCACGCCUAGGUGCCCCGAAAACGGCUACCACGGAGGACAACGUGGGAAAAAUCUUCGAUUUCGUAUUGGCAGACCGCCGAUUGAAGCUGCGCAAGAUAGCUGAGAGAGUAGGUAUCUCAAAAGACCGCGUGGGUCAUAUGUUUAAGCGCAAUUCGAAGGAGUUUCUGCGCCGUUUCGUGAAGGUCAACGAAACAUGGAUCCACUGCUACACACCAGAGACCCUAGGAACAGUCGAAACAGUGGACUUCACCCGGCGAACGUGUUCCGAAGAAGGUGAAGACUGUCCUAUCGACCGGAAAGGUGAUGGUCACCGUUUUUUUUUUUUCUUGGGAUUCACAAGGUGA